AUGUUUAACAAGUGCAUGUCUAAAAAAACAGGCAAUAUUGAUACAAUGUCAAAUACAAAAGUAACAUUAUAUCCAUCAUUGACAACAAUUUUAACUCCAUCGACAAGUCCAAUAACUACGACUAGUAGUAAUAGUGUAUCACCACUUCAUAUCUCAAUCUAUAAAUUAAAAACAACAUUUUUAACUCGUUUUCAUUUAUCAUCAACAUCAUCAAACUCUUAUCGUCUUGAAAUAUUUCUUACAUUUUUAUUAUGUAUUGUUUUACCAAUUAUUAUUAUAUUUUCUCUAAUAUUUCGUAAAAAUAUCAUUGAUACACGUCAAGAAGAAACAUUAUUUAAUACAUCGACAAUAACAACAUCAAUUAUAAAAAAUAUUUCGACAAUAAUACUCGAUAAAACAAAUGAUAAUUCAAAAAUAUUUUUUCCAACAGAAUUAAGACAAAUUCAAUUAAAUGAAUAUCCAGAUGCUCGAUGUAAUGAUGGAAGUCAAGCAACAUACUAUUUAAGACAUCGAUAUUUUUUAUCAACAAAAACUGAACAACAUACAUUUAAUAUUCAUGUACAAUCAAGACGAUGGCUCAUUUUCUUAGAUGGUGGUUGGUAUUGUCAUGAUUUAUCAACAUGUGAAAAACGUCAAUUAAUUAAUCCUCUGUUAACAAGUUCAAAACAAUCAAAAGAUUAUCGUUAUGGUAGUGGAAUAUUGUCAUCAUCGUCAGAUGAAUCAGGACCAUUUACAAAUUAUAAUAUUAUCUAUAUUCCAUAUUGUUCAAGUGAUCUAUGGACGGGUACGAUGAACAGUAGUAGCAGUAAUUCAAAUCAGAUACAAUUUUCUGGAUAUAAUAUUUUGAAAUCAGUUUUAUAUGAUUUAUAUGAAACAAAAGGUCUACAUCAAGCAAAACAAAUUAUAUUUUCUGGAACAAGUGCUGGUGGUCUAGGUGUACUAAUAACAUUACCAAAUUUAUUAAAUGAUUUACCAUCGAUAUUAAAUCGAAAUCGAAUUGAUAUUCGAGCAAUAAUUGAUUCAGCUUGGUUUAUAGAACCGGAUAAUGAUUCAUAUGGUUCAGAUACAAUUCAACAUGGAAUUGAUUAUUGGAAAGCAAAAUUACCAUUGAAAUGCAAAGAAAAAUAUAAAAAUAAACAAGAAAGAUGGAAAUGUUUUCUUGGCGAUGUUGCAUUAGAAUCAUUUGAAAAAAAUACUCAAUUAAUUAUUAUUCAGUCUCUAACAGAUAAUACUCAAUUAUUAGCCUCAAAACAAUUAUCUUCAACAUCCUAUUUGACUAUCGAUGAUAACGAUAAUGAUGAGAAUAUUGAUCGUUUACGAACAACAAACAUUAAAACAAAUAAUUUUACUCUAAAAUUAAUUGAUUCAUUAAAAAAACAAUCUCAUAUAAAUAUAUUUGCCACCGGUUGUCCAUUUCAUGGUCUACUCUUACGCGCCGAUUGGUUACAGUUUAGUAUUAAUGAUAAAAAAUUAUCUCAAAUUUUAAUCGCAUGGUUAAGGACUACACCGUCGAAACGCUAUAUACAAUUAAUUGAUCGAUUAAGAAUGAGCUAUUGUCCAAUUACGGUGAAUUUGUAA